GCAUUUUGGAGGUCGAGGAGGAUUUUAAAAUUUCAAGGAUUAUUAUUAUUAUUUUUAUUAGUUUCCCCAGGAGGAGGAGGGGGGGUUUCUUGAGAAGCCUGCAGAGAUUUCUUUGUGAGGAAAGUGAUGGCCGAGCGGGGAGCUCUGUGGCUCCUCUCUCUUCUGUGGCUCACCUUUCUCAGCUCGGAGACCACCGCCGCAAAGCAUGUCGACAAAGGUUCAGCAGCGCAGCCCUUCAGCCCGUUCUGGUUCACGGUGGAGCCCCAGGACACGCUGGCCGUCCGGGGGAACUCGGCGCUGCUCAACUGCUCGACGCACAGCGACGCGGUGGCGCGCAUCGAGUGGAGGAAGGACGGCACGUUCAUGAGCCUGGUCUCGGACGAGCGGCGGCGCAUCCUCCCCGACGGCUCGCUCUUCUUCGCCCACGUGGUCCACUCCAAGCACAAUAAGCCAGACGAGGGCACCUACCAGUGUGUGGCCACCAUCGACAACCUGGGGUCCAUCUCCAGCCGCACGGCACGCCUCUCCGUAGCAGGAAUUCCCAGGUUUACCAGCCAGCCCUYGCCAGCCUCCGUUCAUGUCGGGGACAGUCAGGUGAUGGCGUGUGAGGUGAGCUAUGAGCUGGUGCCUUUCACCCGCUGGGAGAAGGACCGCCAGCCGCUGGAGCUGAGCGCCAGGCUGACGCAGCUGCCAGGCGGGGCUCUGGUUAUCAGCAACGCCUCGGAGGUGGAUGCUGGUCUUUAUCGCUGUCUGGUGGAAAACGUUGGCUCUUCCAAGUCCAGCGAUGAGGCCCAGCUGCAGACCAUACCAGAAACUGGAGAGGAGAGGAAGCUGGAGUUCCUGGUGCAGCCGGUUGCUGUGACCAAGCUGCUGGGCACCAGUGUGUUGCUGCCCUGUGUGGUCGCUGGUUUCCCUGCACCUCACAUUCGAUGGAUGUUUGGAGACAAACCGCUGGAGGAAAGUGAGGGUCACGUUGAAGUGGUGGGGAGCGGAAGUCUCCAGAUCUCCAACAUCGCAGAGCAAGAUGCUGGUGUAUACACCUGUGUAGCAGAAAAUCCCAACUCCACCAUUGAAGCCCAGGCCCAGCUCACGGUUCAAGUUCCUCCUCAGUUCGUCAAGCGUCCGGCCAACACKUACGCUCACGAGUCCAUGGACAUCGUCUUCGAGUGCGAGGUGUCAGGCUCACCGGCUCCCACCGUCAAGUGGGUCAAAAACGGAGACGCUGUCAUCCCCAGUGACUAUUUCAAGAUCGUUAAAGAGCACAACCUGCAGGUUCUGGGUCUGGUGAAGUCAGACGAGGGCUUCUAUCAGUGUCUGGCAGAAAACGAUGCAGGAAACAUUCAGUCGAGCGCCCAGCUCAUCAUCUUGGACCACGACGUAACCCUGCCCUCCUUCCCUCCCCCCUCACUGGCUCCUAACACUGCUGACCAUGUAACACCAGGCUCCGGAGGCGUGGCCGGACCGGCAGGCCCCACCCCCUCCGCCCCGCGAGACGUCGUGGCUUCKCUGGUCUCCACCCGCUUCAUCAAGCUGACCUGGCGCCAGCCGGCCGAGCCGCACGGGGACGAGUUAACCUAUUCGGUUUUCUACAGCCAGGACGGCACCAGCAGGGAGCGGGUGGUGAACACCAGCCGUCCAGGAGAGAUGCAGGUCACCAUCCAGAAUCUGAUGCCCGACACCAAAUAUCGCUUCAGAGUCGUGGCUCACAACAGCAACGGGCCGGGCGAGAGCUCUGCAGCGCUCAAAGUGGCCACCCAAGCUGAAGUCCAAGUCCCGGGCCCCGCUCCCAACCUGCAGGCGGUGUCGAACUCUCCGACCUCYGUCUCUCUCAGCUGGGACAAACCCCUCACAGGCAACGGGGAGAUCCUCACCUACAAAGUGUACUAUACAGACAGAAGUGUUGGCAGUGAACAGGAUGUGGACACAGAUUCUCAGUCCUACGUGAUGACGGGACUGAAGAAGAACACGGAGUACAGCUUCCGUGUGGUGGCCAACAACAAGCACGGUCCUGGAGUGUCCACUGAGGAUGUGAUUGUCCGCACGCUCUCAGACGUUCCCAGCGCUCCUCCUCAAAACGUCACUCUGGAGGUCCAGAACUCAAAGAGCAUCAUGCUUCGGUGGCAGCCCCCACCCCUCAGCGGGCAGAACGGCGAGAUCAUCAGCUACAAGAUCCGUUACCGGAAAGGAUCCCGAAGGAGUGAAUCGGCWGUCACCACUGCAGGCGCUCAGCUUUACAAGCUCAUUGACGGUCUUGAUCCCGGGACAGAGUACUCGUUCAAGGUGACGGCCCUGACGGUGAACGGCACGGGACCAGCCACUGACUGGACCACAGCCGAGACCUUUGAGAGUGACCUGGACGAAUCCAGAGUGCCGGACCAGCCAAGCUCCCUUCAUGUUCGACCGCUGGUUAACAGCAUCGUGGUGAGCUGGACGCCACCAGAGAACCAGGACAUUGUGGUGCGCGGUUACACCAUCAGCUAUGGCAUCGGAAGUCCCCACGCUCAGACCAUCAAAGUGGACUACAAACAGCGCUACUACACCAUCGAGAACCUCGACCCCAGCUCCCACUACGUGAUCACGCUGAAGGCCUACAACAACGUGGGAGAGGGGAUUCCUGUGUACGAGAGCGCAGUCACCAGACAACAGUCAGACCCCAUAGACCCCGAUGUUGACUUGUAUGAACUCUUCCAUGCUCCAUACACCCCAGUACCAGACCCCACCCCCAUGAUGCCUCCCGUGGGCGUUCAGGCCUCUGUGCUGAGCCACGACACCAUCAAGGUGACGUGGGCCGACAGCUCGCUGUCCAAGAACCAGAAGAUCACGGACAACCGCUACUACACCGUCCGCUGGAAGACCAACAUCCCUGCCAACGCUAAAGUGAAGAUGGCCAACUCCACCACUCUGAGCCACGUGGUUUCGGGUCUGAAGCCCAACACGCAGUACGAGUUCUCCGUCAUGGUGACCAAAGGCCGCCGCUUCAGCACGUGGAGCAUGACCGCCGUGGGCACCACCCUGGAGACCAUUCCCAGCUCGGCCCCUAAAGAUGUGACUGUGGUGAGCAAAGAGAACAAGCCUCGCACCAUAAUAGUGAACUGGCAGCCGCCCUCCGAAGCCAACGGGAAAAUCACCGGUUACAUUAUCUACUACAGUACGGACGUUAACGCAGUGGUUCAUGACUGGGUUAUUGAGCCGGUGGUGGGAAACCGCCUCACGCACCAGAUCCAGGAGCUGACUCUGGACACCACCUACUACUUCAAGAUCCAGGCCCGGAACUCGAAGGGCAUGGGCCCCAUGUCUGAGGCCGUACAGUUCCGCACGCCGAAGACUGAGUCCUCUGACAAAAUGGCUAAUGACCAAGCCUCAAAUCCACCAAAGCCAGGACAUCCAGGCAGCCAGAAUCCAAAUGACUCUGGGACUCCUCUUGGCGUUGGUGGUGAGAAUCACAUCCUGGUCAUCGUCGUCAUCAUCUCGGUGGGAGCCUUCACCACCAUAGUCGUGGUAGUGGGUGCCUUCCUGUGCACACGACGCACCACCAACCACCAGAAGAAGAAACGGGCGGCCUCGAAGUCCUCAAACGGCUCCCACAAAUACAAGGGGAACUCCAAGGAUCUGAAGCCUCCUGAUCUUUGGAUUCAUCACGAGAGGCUGGAACUGAAACCUAUGGACAAGUCGCCGGAGCCCAACCCUGUCAUGACGGAGACGCCCAUCCCGCGCAGCUCACAAGACAUCACGCCGGCUGACAGCGGCCUGGAGAGCAACCCCCACCUGCAGCAAAGACGCAAUUCCUACCGUGGCCACGAAUCAGAAGACAGCAUGUCCACACUAGCAGGCCGACGAGGGAUGAGGCCUAAAAUGAUGAUGAUGCCUUUUGACGCRCAGCCGCCUCAGCCUGUGAUUAGUGCUCACCCCAUCCAUUCCCUCGAUAACCAUCACCACCAUUAUCACAUGGGCAGCCUGGUCUCRCCGACGCGCAGCUACCUCUAUCACCAGGGCAGCGGGCACCAACGCUCGCACGCCUGCGCCACCCCCGUCUCCCACCUAGACAGGGUGGACUCCACAGAGUCCGUGAGGAACACGCCCUGCUCUGAGCCCCUCCCUCCCCCCACCGCCUCCUCCCAGGUCUCCUGCCCUUCCGAGAUCCUGGCCGACCCCGAGGGCAGCUACCACGGCUCCACCACCACCGAGGAGGAGCCCAGCUACUCCAGCAACCUGCCCCCCCACCGCCCGGCCCACCCGCACGCCCACGCCCACCCACUCAAGAGCUUCGCCGUGCCUGCCAUCCCGGCCCUCAGCCAUCCAUCAUACGAGUCCCCCGCCCUGCCCAGCACCCCUCUGCUCGCUCAGAGCGGACCCCCCACUCACCCCCACGUGGUGAAAACAGCCUCCAUCGGGACACUGGGGAGGACGCGCUCACCGAUGAUCGUCACCGUGCCGAACGCCCCCGACGUACCGGAGACCAGCAAGAUGCUGGAGGACGUGGACAGCGUGCUUGCCUCCCUCCCCCCCUGCCCCUCCCCUGCCCCCCGCAGUAACCCUGUUCCUCUCCCUCAGAGCUACGAGCCCGACGAGCUGACCGAGGAGAUGGCCCACCUCGAGGGCCUGAUGAAGGACCUGAACGCCAUCACGACAGCGCCGUGAGCACCGUGGUGCCGGAGGGGGGUGGGCCACACACACACACACACACACAGAGCGCCCCCAAACUGAAGCUCUCUGGAGCCAGGAGGCUGACGGACAGAGAAUGGCCUCUUGUGCCUAAAAGGAAACUCCUCCUCCUGAUUGUUUCUCUCCUGAGAGAGAGGAGGGGGAAAAUAACAACAACAAGAAACAAACCUCCAGACUGAACCUUCUGUUUGGCUCACCUUACUCAGUCUCAGGAAGGAGACGGUCAUGAGACGUAAGAACAAGAUGCUUCGUCUUUAUACGAACAACCAACAAUCUCAGAGACGAUGAACUUUUUGGUCGCUUUUAACUGGAAGAUUGUGAUAUAUAUUUUUUGUUUGUUUUGGGGGUUUUUUUUCCCACAAAAAAAAAAAACCACGUGGUUUGCAUUUGAACUCUGGAAGGAGACGGCUGAUUUGGUGUCUGCUGGUUUUGAUGCUGGUGCUCGCGCAGCCCGGUCCUACAACAGUGUUUGUUCGAUUGGUGUUUUCUUUGUGCAUUUUGUAUCUAUUGGGCCGUUUCAGUGAAGUGAGCAUUGGAUGUCAGCCACUCCCCCCUUUUUACCAACCUCCUAUUAUUAUUAUUUUUUUAUUCUAUUACCCUCGUUUGUCAUUUAUUGUGCCAUUUUUAUUUUCUAUGCUAUUGUAUUUUUUUACACACAUAUCCUUAUGAACAUGUACAUAAAGUUUUGUUUGUAAGCUGCCUCCUUCUUUUUGAUGUUUCAGUAAUAUUUAGAUUUAGAUUAGAGCCGAGUCCUGAGGCUCGGUUUUCAUAUCAGCAGUGUGUGGGGGAGAGGAGCCGUUUUCGUUGUCCGCUUCGUUCAUAAAAAAAGCUCGCGGGUGUUUUGUGUCGGCGGCGGGAGCUCCGUUUUCCUCGAAGCCUUACCAACGUGUUGGAGUGUCGGACCGCAGAGGCGACUCAAGAUGUCACUGGCUUCUGUGGAAGCUCUGGCGUYACUCUGCGGGGACGUUGACGGGAUGGACUACCAGUCAGGGUUAUCACAGACUCAGGGUGCUGACCCCCCACCCCCGCCUUCUACACACACACCUCUUCAAUCAAUCAGAUGCAACUGAUUUUUUUAUACGCUACGGUCGACYGGAUGUGUGUGUGUUUCCAAAAAAAACCCAACAUUUGGUUUCAGUGUGUUCUGCUGAAGCACCAGGGCAUUCUUUUUAAUUUUUUUUUAAUUUUUCUGUUGUUUCUUUUCCAAAACCUAUACAAUGCAAAGAUGUUAGCCUUUUGAAAGGGACUCCCUGGUUUUAUUAUUUUUUUUAAUAUGGUAGAUUUUGUAUGAAGAAACACAAAUCUGCUGUAAAAAAAAUGGAGACAAAAGAUGAUCUAUAAACUAGUUUUUCAUUAUCUUCUUACCCAAAGAAUUUAGUCAUUUUCCAAAGUCAUUUCCUCUACUUUUUUGUGAAUACCAUGUUUUUGCAUAAAUGUACAUCAUCAUGAAUGUCAGUAUAAAUGUAAAGAGAUUUUUGAACUCUUGAGUUAAACGAGGAGCACGUUUCAGAAGAAAAUGAUUCAAAAACAUUGUUUGGGAGGAGAGAGAGAGAAAAAAAAGGGCCUGACUCCAUUUUUUUGGGAAAGCGAUCUCUUUGAGUUGUAAACAGUUGAACCUGUAUUGCACUUUUUCACGGUUUUUCGAAAAGUACAUUUCUUACAUAUCUUGUGUUUUAAAUAUCAGAAGCUGUUUGUGUAACGUAGUGUCCUGAGUAAGCAGCAGGCAGCUGGUCUUAUGUUUGAUUUUUAUUUGCUGAUGAGAUGAGAUGAGCUGAGGAGUCGAGGUUUUUUUUGUUUGUUUGUUUGUUUCCUGUGUGGCUCAUGAUGAGGAACUCUGUUGUUCUGCUUGUUCGUGUACAGAGCGUUCUUUGCUUUCUGUAGAAGAAAAACAAAUCUGUGGCUUUUUAAAAAAAACGAAAAUGUUGAAAAAAAUGUUUUUUUAUUGGUGCUCCUAUACAUUGUGUAUACAAACUAUUAUGAAUACUAACAAAGUAAAUGUU